CUUUAUAGCUGCUUGACACGAGUGGUUUUAAUUGUAAUUUUAGUGUCCCGUAGCCGCGCGGCUAACCGCUUUAGUCAAGCACUGACAGGCCCGUUAAUAUCUCAUUUUCUCACCGUGAUAAUUGCAUUGUUUACUACGCAACCUGAGUAUAAAUGAAUAUUUUCCAAGUCCAUGUCGCAGUUAGUAUUACAGUGAUUGGUUUAAUGUCAUCGUGUGGAUUCUGACUGUCGUUGGAGUUUGUUGACAUGUUUAGCUGGAUGGCUAACGCUAACGCGAACUUCAGAUAAAUGCGAGGGCUUUUGGGGGCAUUUAAAAUGUCGUUUCUUAAUAAAUGGAAAUGCUAAGAUGGUAUUUCAGUUAUUUGUGGACAACAGAAAUAUGAAUACCUGAUCUCAUGAAGAAAAUGACACCGCUAAAUGGGUUUCAGAUAAACCUGUCUGGACCUCCUCAAAGUAAACGUAAAGCCCUGAAGUUAAAUUUUGCCAAUCCUCUAAUCAAACCUACUUCCAGAAUCACUCUGAACACUGCCGGACUUCCUUUCCAGAACCCACACAUAGAGCGGCUGCGGACACACAGUAUCGAGUCGUCCGGGAAGCUGAAGAUCUCUCCGGAGCAGCACUGGGACUUCACAGCCGAAGACCUGAAGGAUCUCGGAGAGAUCGGCCGAGGAGCGUACGGCUCCGUCAACAAGAUGGCACACAAACCCAGUGGACAGAUCAUGGCCGUCAAACGGAUCCGCUCGACGGUGGACGAGCGCGAACAGAAGCAGCUGCUGAUGGAUCUGGAUGUGGUCAUGAGGAGCAGCGACUGUCCUUACAUCGUCCAGUUUUACGGGGCUCUUUUCAGAGAGGGGGAUUGCUGGAUAUGCAUGGAGCUCAUGUCUACCUCCUUCGACAAAUUCUACAAAUACGUUUAUUCCUCUUUAGACGAAGUGAUUCCAGAGGAGAUUUUAGGGAAAAUAACGUUAGCUACUGUGAAAGCACUUAACCACUUAAAAGAAAACUUGAAAAUUAUUCACAGAGACAUAAAGCCAUCAAAUAUCCUCCUGGACAGGAAAGGCAACAUUAAGCUGUGUGAUUUUGGCAUCAGCGGACAGUUGGUCGACUCCAUCGCCAAAACCAGAGACGCAGGCUGCAGACCGUAUAUGGCACCGGAGAGGAUAGACCCCAGCGCUUCCAGACAGGGUUAUGACGUGCGCUCAGACGUCUGGAGUUUGGGAAUCACACUGUAUGAACUGGCCACGGGACGGUUCCCCUACCCGAAGUGGAACAGUGUGUUUGAUCAGCUGACGCAGGUGGUGAAGGGCGACCCGCCGCAGCUCAGCUGCUCAGAGGAGAGACAGUUCUCCCCCAAAUUCAUCAACUUCGUCAACCUGUGCCUUACAAAGGACGAGUCAAAAAGGCCAAAGUACAAAGAGCUUCUGAAACAUCCCUUCAUUCAGAUGUACGAGGAGCGUACGGUAGACGUGGCCAGCUACGUCUGCAGGAUCCUGGAUCAGAUGCCCACGUCCCCCAUGUACGUGGACUAAGACCAUACGCAAGCGGCGGCGUAAAGAUUGGCUUUCUCACAGAACGGCAGUAUUAAAACAGGAACACAUACACGAGAACACAGCGGUGUUCAAUUCAAGCUCGACUGUAAAAUACCUCCUACCCACAUCUCUCUCUCUCUCUCUUACUGUCUCUCUCAUCACACACACAUCUGUAAAGCGUAAACACACACGGAUCUGAUGGGACGCGUGGCGGUCUGGUCUCUCGCAGAUGCGGAAUAGUGAUUUUAAACAGAUAUAAUGUAAUGAAAUAAUAAAUAAUAAGCCUGGAAUUGUAUUUAUACUUCUGAAAUCACUUGUGGAAUAUAUGAUUCUGACUGGAAAUCUGCUCGUGUCUCGUCCCUCCUCUUCAUGUAUGUGAUAUUAAACGUGUUUUGUAUGUUAAGGUGAAUGAUGACGCAGAGGUGGCCGGGGUUUCUGUAAUCCUCACUGUACAACGACUAUGUGCUGAUGUUAUUAAAAUAAAACUGAGGAAUAUGGAAAGGA